AUGUUUCUCUCUGAUUCCGGGACCGAUGUCAAUGAAGAUGUACUUGGAGUUGAAGUUCCCAACCAGCAAGACAGCCACAAACUCAUUGUACCUACAAAAUUCCACAAAGUUGUUGGUAACAAGACUGAAUCUUUAAAACUUAAGGCAAAGAAGAUUCCGCGUUUCCGGUUAUACAUUGUUAACUUUUUGGAUUUCACGAGUGCUGAUGUGAUAGAUAAGCUAAAAGCUAAUCACAUUAAUGUUAUCUCUUGUUAUCCUAUACAAAAAAAGAAACCAGAUGAUAAUUCUGAAUUGAAAGACAAUGUUCUGGCAAAUGCAUUUAGAAUAUGUAUUAAUAAGCAAGAAUUUGUGAAAAUAAAAGAUCCUAAUAUCUGGCCUUCAGGUUUUAUCAUCAGAGAUUGGAUAUUCAACAAACAACCCAAUCAAAUCAAAGACCACACCAUGGAGUCAUCCAACAACAAAAACACCAACAAAGAACAGUCGACAGUGAAUGUAGAUAAUCAUGAAAAAACAUCUACCAAUGAUGGCGGCACAUAG